UUCCUAUUGAAAAAACAAGCAACGUCGUUUUCCGUAAACCCAUACGGGAAAAACAUCAAUCAAUGAAGAAGUUUGUGUCUUCGUCUUCCCUCGUUUCGACUCCAUUUUCAUCUCACUCAAACACAUCCCCAACUCAUCGGAAAAUCAAUCAAUCGUCAACAACCUAAUGCAAUCAUUAACAACCAGGUUAUGAGAUUGUUGUGGGUAGAGAAUGACAGUCGGUGGUGGCGAUUCUCUCAGAUGGGUUCUUAUUUCCACAAUACUAGCGAUUCUACACCGACUCAGCCUCAACUCGGUCUCUGCGAUUUGUGAACUCAGCAUUGUUGAUCACAACAAGCUUUACAACUACAGCCUUGCCUCCCCCUCCCCCAAAUUCCCCCACGGUGUCCUCAGCGAAGAUGGGUUUUACAAGGUAGCAGUUAAUCAGACCGUGCUUUGGUUUCAGCUUUGCGAUGCAAUGAUCUUCAACCAUGAUCCACCUACAUGUAUUGACUGUGAG